UCAAGAAAAAGGCGUUAUACAAUUGCAGUAUUGUCCUACAGAGACAAUGUUGGCAGAUGUAUUAACAAAACCACUUCAGAGAGUUCGACUUGAAAAGCUCUGUUGGGAUAUAGGAUUGCGUCCGGAUCUGUCCGAGGAGGAGUGUUAGAAUAAUAUGAAGCGACGCGUUCAAUCCGACGCAUAUAAAAUUAGUAGGCUAUAGUAAAAUUAAACUUAAUAAAAUUUUCACUUCCAUUUCAACCGUCAACCAAAGUGAAUAUUUUAACUUGUGAAUAAAAGUAUUACACUAUCAGCAAUGGACCACUUUUGUCGUCUGUGUCGAAGAAGUGGAGAGUUUGAAUCCGUUUCCAUUCUUGAAGCGUCCCGUAACCAUAGUGGUGAAAUAAUUGCUGUAAUUAUGCAAAAAUGUCUUCAACUUCAGAUUAUUCCUUCGGACGGAUUGCCACAGCGAAUCUGCAAUCUUUGUCAGGCUCAGCUAGAAAUGUUCUAUCUGCUUAGAAAAGUUACCUUCAAUUCGGAAUGCUAUUUCAAACAAUUGCUUGAACAUAAAUCACAACAGCAUACGAUGAUGUCAAAUAUGAAUAGUGACGUUCAACUAAAUCGAGAUGUAGCUGAUUUUCCUGUUGACAUUAAUCAGCCGCCACAAAUCGACCAACCAGAAAUUAAAAUUGGUGCUGUGGUACGACGUAAAGCGAGAAUUGUAGCUCAGGGAUUCACUCAGAAAUAUGGUACGGAUUACGAUGAAGUCUUCGCCCCCGUAGCAAAGCAGAUUACAUUCCGAAUUUUAUUGACAAUUGCGAGUAAGAAAAAAUCUAUCGUUAAGCAUGUCGAUGUAAAAACGGCGUAUCUGAAUAGCGAACUAAAAGAAACCAUAUACAUGCGUCAACCGGAAGGACAGAGCACUGGUGAUGAUCGCACUGUGUGUCUUCUUAAAAAGAGUAUUUAUGGACUAAAGCAAUCCGCUCGCGUUUGGAACCUGAAAGUGGAUUCCAUUUUCAAAGCCAUGGGAUUUCAACAAUCUAAGCUGGAUUCAUGCUUGUAUGUACGGAACAAUCACGGUGUGAUACGUCGACGAUAUGAUCAUCAUUACUCAAACAGAGGAUGAAUUUGAGUCGAUUUUCGAUCAUCUGCAAACGAAGUUUACUAUAUCCAACUUAGGUGACAUCAGCCAUUUCCUGGGGAUACAAGUGGAAAAAAGCGAUACCGGUUAUAAACUCAAUCAAAAGGCAUAUAUCCGCAAGCUUGUCAGGAAAUUUAACAUGGAGAACGCGAAACCAACGAAAAUUCCCCUUGAUCCAGGCUACUUAAAGCACAAGGAGGAGAUAAAUCAAUUGGCAAAUAAUAAGGAUUAUUUGAGCUUAAUUGGUGGUCUGCUAUACGUAGCGGUUCAUACAAGACCUGAUAUCGCUGUAAGUACGUCUAUAAUAGCGCAAAAAUCAAAUUGUCCAAAUCAACAAGAUUGGAACGAAGCAAAACGAAUUCUACGAUAUUUGUACACUACAUGUAACCACAAGUUGAAUCUUGGAUCGUCUAGUGAAGUACUGCAAAUGUUCGUUGAUGCAGAUUGGGCUGGUAACUAUCGUGAUAGAAAAUCAAAUUCUGGCCAUCUGUUACUAUAUGGAGGAGGAGUCAUCGCAUGGGGUUCUAGAAAGCAAACUUGUGUUGCAUUAAGCUCUACUGAAGCCGAAUUCAUUGCACUUUCUGAAGGAUGUCAAGAGCUCAACUGGACAAGGAGACUGCUUGAAGAAAUCGGAGAGGCAAUUCAGUGCCCCACGGUCGUGUUUGAAGACAAUCAAAGCUGUAUUAAAUUAGUAGAAAGCGAGAAAAUUGAACGUCGUAGCAAACAUAUCGAGACCAAGUAUUUUUUCGUGCGGGAUCUUCAAGAAAAAGGCGUUAUACAAUUGCAGUAUUGUCCUACAGAGACAAUGUUGGCAGAUGUAUUAACAAAACCACUUCAGAGAGUUCGACUUGAAAAGCUCUGUUGGGAUAUAGGAUUGCGACCGGAUCUGUCCGAGGAGGAGUGUUAGAAUAAUAUGAAGCGACGCGUUCAAUCCGACGCAUAUAAAAUUAGUAGGCUAUAGUAAAAUUAAACUUAAUAAAAUUUUCCCUUCCAUUUCAACCGUCAACCAAAGUGAAUAUUUUAACUUGUGAAUAAAAGUAUUACACUAUCAGCAAUGGACCACUUUUGUCGUCUGUGUCGAAGAAGUGGAGAGUUUGAAUCCGUUUCCAUUCUUGAAGCGUCCCGUAACCAUAGUGGUGAAAUAAUUGCUGUAAUUAUGCAAAAAUGUCUUCAACUUCAGAUUAUUCCUUCGGACGGAUUGCCACAGCGAAUCUGCAAUCUUUGUCAGGCUCAGCUAGAAAUGUUCUAUCUGCUUAGGAAAGUUAGCUUCAAUUCGGAAUGCUAUUUCAAACAAUUGCUUGAACAUAAAUCACAACAGCAUACGAUGAUGUCAAAUAUGAAUAGUGACGUUCAACUAAAUCGAGAUGUAGCUGAUUUUCCUGUUGACAUUAAUCAGCCGCCACAAAUCGACCAACCAGAAAUUGAAACCGAACCAAUUGAAAUAAAUAUGCAUGAACAGCAAACCCACCAGCAAUGUUACGAAGGUUCUUUUCAUACCAUGGAACAGCCGGAAGUGGAAACAGAACCCAACGAAUUAAACGAUGAACCUCAGCACUAUCCCACAUAUGAAGGAGUUUACGACACUAAUGCAAAUCAUGGUACUUCCAUAACGUCCAACAACGGCGAAUGGAUACCCGUUGUCGAUGUUGGUAGACCGCUCGAUAAGCCUAGACCACCGAAACUAUAUUCAUGUGCGGAGUGUGGUUAUCAUUCGCAGUACAAGGCUAACCUAUUACGUCAUAUUAAACUCCGGAGGCAUAGUCUGGUGCAACAAGGCGUAAAAACUCGUCCAAGACGGCGUCUUACAUUAGACGAAAUUUUAGCGAACAGCAACGCACCCGAGAUGAAAAUUUACGCAUGUCGUAUAUGCGGUUACAAGACUGCUUACAAAGGGAAUGUAGAUCGACACCAACGUUGUCAGAACCACCAAGGAAUCGAUGUGAGUAUCUAUGGUAAAAAUCAACCACGGAUGGAUUGUUUGGUGAGCCAACGAAUGAAAUAUGCACCCGACGGACGCUAUCAGCCAGUAAUAAGCACAAGCAAUGACUGUCCCGUAUGCGGAACCAGUCAACCAGUCACACUGCAUAAACCAAGCAGAGCAGGAACUUCUGCGUGAGAUACGAGAUGAAUUCAUGAAAAUCAAUGCUUCAAACAGCGGAAUCAAUAUGUUUCAUCAAGAUCCUUGUUAGUUAGUUGUAUCGAGAGAUGUUUUCUAAACAAUGCAUUUAGUCGGAUUGGUUGAAAUAUUCUUUAAGUGACGUUGUUUCUGAUUGUGCAGCGAUAUGUUGUUUGAAUAAAUUGUUUAACAUGUA